CCCCCCCACACCCACACACACAAACGAAACCCAUUUUCACAAUCGCAGAAAGGAUGAAUCUUGAACAACUUUCAACACAAAUCUUUAUUCUUACACUUUUUACUUCCUCAUUUUUAGUCAAAUUUUGUGUUACAUAUUCUCAAGAAACAACACCAACAAUAUAUGAAAUACUAAAGUCAAAUGGAUUGCCUAUGGGCUUGUUUCCAAAAGGUGUGACAAAUUUCAGUGUUGAUGAUUCAGGCAGGUUUGAAGUUUUCUUGGAUCAUGCUUGUAAUGCCAAAUUUGAAGAUGAAAUACACUAUGAUAGAAAUGUUUCUGGGAAUUUGACUUUUGGUCAAAUUGGUCAACUCUCUGGUAUUUCUGCUAAAGAUUUGUUUUUGUGGUUUGCUGUUAAAGAAAUUUGGGUUGAUGUACCAAGUUCUGGUUUGAUUUAUUUUGAUGUUGGUGUUGUUUCAAAACAAUUUUCUUUAUCAUCUUUUGAAACCCCAAGAGAUUGUUUGGCUUCCCCUGUAUCUAAGAUCGUAUCAAGGAAACUUAAGCGCGAUGAAUCCUAUCAUCAAGAACCAGGGAAGGCAGUUUUGUAAGUUUAAAGGGUAUGUAAAGAGGAUUCAAAUUGGUACACUUGCUCAAAUCAAGUUAUGGGCAUUUCCAUUUCUUGUGUAUAUCUCAAAGAUCAAAACUUUAUAGGUUAGACAGUUCUAUGCUUCAUUGCGGGUGUGCAUGCUUUACAUUUUUCUUUGUGUAGUAUAUGCAAAUAUGUUUAAAAUGAUUGAGAUUGAGAAGAAGAUGAUACACAAAACACAAUGUAGAAGCAACUGAAAUCAAGAGAACUGUAAGUUAUCGUAUAGGAUUAUUUUUUAUUUUUGCAUUCAUUGUGAAUCUGGACAAAAACCAUUUCAAGUUUUGGUAUCUAUAGUCUUUAAGUUUUGGUUGA